AUGACCCUCAAGCUCGCCGUCUACAGCGCAAAGUCCUACGACAGGACAUACCUCGACUCGGUCCUCGCCUCCGACCACGCAGACCUCUGCAGCAUAACCUACCACCCGUUCCCGCUCUCGCUCGAAACCGUCCCCCUCGCCCAGGGCAGCACCGCAGUCUGCGCCUUUGUAAACGACACGCUCGACGCCCCCGUCCUCCGCACCUUACACAGCAUCGGUGUCCGCGCGAUCCUCCUCCGCUGCGCGGGGUUCAACAACGUCGACCUCCCCGUCGCCGAGGAGCUGGGCCUCUUCGUCGCGAACGUCCCCUCGUAUUCGCCCGAGGCUGUCGCGGAAUUCACGAUUGCGCUGCUGCAGACGCUGAAUAGGAAUAUCCACCGGGCAUAUAAUCGGGUGCGGGAGGGGAAUUUUAAUCUCGAGGGGUUUCUGGGCAUCACGCUUUAUGGGAAGACGGUGGGGAUUAUUGGCGUUGGACGGAUUGGGCUUGCGCUUGCGAAGAUUGUCCGGGGUUUUGGGUGUCGGUUGAUUGCGUCGGAUCCAAAGCCCGGAUUGAGUCCUGAGGAGUUUCGCGAUGGGUAUGGAGGGGAGUUUGUGGAUUUGGAUACAUUGCUGAAGGAGGCGGAUAUUGUUUCGUUGCAUUGUCCGUUGACCCGGGGGACGAAGCAUAUUAUCUCCACGGAGAACCUGGGGAAGAUGAAGCGUGGAGCGUUGUUGGUGAAUACGUCGCGCGGGUCGCUGGUUGAUACCAAGGCGGCGAUUGAGGCGCUCAAGUCGGGACAGUUGGGUGGGUUGGCGCUCGAUGUGUAUGAGGAGGAAGGGGCGUGGUUUUACAAUGACCACUCGCAGGAGAUCAUCCAUGAUGAUACGCUGAUGCGGUUGAUGACGUUCCCGAAUGCGCUUGUGUGUGGGCACCAGGCGUUCUUCACGCGCGAGGCAUUGACAGAGAUUGCGGCGACGACGUUGGCGAAUCUGGAGGAUUGGCUUGCGCAGAGGCCUUGCAAGAAUUCGUUGGUUAGGGAGGGCCAUCUGGUUGUUCCCGAGGGGAAGGAGCCGGUUCGGAUUUAG